GUCAAAGGUGGAGGGCUACUUUAUCUGCCUUUGCAGUUUUAUCCUUGCACAGCAUUCUAAAACGGACUUUGAUCUAGUGACGCUCUGCAAGGGGACUUACUGCUGGGCCUACGGACGAAACGAAACGAAACAGAGACGAGACGAGACGAGCGAAGCCGAAGUUCGGUGCUUCAGGGUUUUGGGAGAUCAGCUGGUUUCAGAAACGAAGACGAGAAUCUGGUUUAAGAAUCAGCCAGCAUGUUCAGAGCUAUUUCAGAAGUGAAGCUGAAGGCGGAGGUGAAGCCUACUGUGGAUAGUAUCAUGUGUCGCCUCCAUUAUCGAUACACGUAUAUACAGUACAUGAUUUUUGUGCUGCUGUGUACGUUAUACGAUACUAUUGGAGAGAAGAUCCAGUGUUUGGUCGACAUCGACUCGGAUUCUUACGCGGACGUCGUGAAUAACUACUGCUUCAUCAUGGGCACUUUCACGGUGGACAGGCUACACGGGAAGCAAGUGGGGGUCCAGGUGCCCCACCCGGGUGUAGGGCCCCCUGAACCCGACGACGAACUCACCUUCCACUCGUACUACCAGUGGGUGCCGUUCGUGCUCUUCUUGCAAGGCCUCCUCUUCUACGUCCCUCACUGGAUCUGGAAGCUGUGGGAAAAGGGCCUCUUCAGGACCAUCAUCCAGAACCUCUCCAUCAGGGACUACCUCGGAGAUAACCUGCAGCGGUACAUGACGAGGGACAGAGAGAUCAAAAACCUUUGUGAUUAUGUAAAGUACCACCGCCGGCACGAGCGAAGCUGGGCCUACAAGUUUUUCUUCUGCGAGGCUUUGUACGUCGUCAACGUCUUCUGCAUCUUCUUCUUCACUGACUGGUUCCUUGGCGGGCAGUUCCUCUCCUACGGCAGCGAUGUGAUCCAGGUGGCCGGCAUGGACCCCGAGAACAGGACAGACCCGAUGGCCUUCGUGUUCCCGCGGAUGGCCAAGUGCACCUUCAGGAGCUUCGGCAGUUCGGGCACCAUCCAGAUCCGCGACGUCAUGUGCCUCAUCGCCACCAACAUCAUCAAUGAGAAGAUCUUCGUCUAUAUUUGGGUGUGGCUCGUGGUGCUCAUGGCCGUUUCUUCGUUGUGGAUGCUCUACCGCCUCCUCACCAUCCUCCUGCCCUUCUUCAGGAAGUUCAUCCUUCAGAACCUGGUGAGGAGAUCCUACAGGCACUACGUCGCCCAGAUCAUGCAAAGGGCCUCCGUCAGCGAGUGGUUCCUCCUCAUGACUCUCUGGGAUAACAUGGAGAAUGUUGUCUUCUGCGAGUUCCUCACUGAGUACUCGAAGUCGGUGGAUGGGUCGUCUUCUCUCGAACUGGACGACAAGAUUAACGGGAAUCUGCCAAAAGGGGAACAUAAGAGUGUGUGGGGGUGAGGGAAUCUGCCAAAAGGGGGACAUAAGAGUAUGUGGGGGUGAGGGAAUCUGCCAAAAGGGGAACAUAAGAGUGUGUGGGGGUGAGGGAAUCUGUCAAAAGGGGAACAUAAGAGUGUGUGGGGGUGAGGGAAUCUGC